AUGAGUAGUUCGGUUAAAGAGACAACGACCAACAAGCGAAAUCGAAUGAAAUUCGAAAAUAAUUUCCUCAAAUCUAAAGACGAUAAAAUCAAAGACAAAUCUACACGAUCAUCAGUCGGCGAAACAAAAUUAAACGAAAUCAUUCACGAUCUGAAUGAUAAUACACUCGAAAAUGAAGUUGUUCAAAUCGAUGGUCAUUCGAAAUGGAUAAAAAAGUCUCGAAAAUUCAUCGUGCAUCUAAUGGAACAACCAACGUUUCAUUAUGCGAUUAUUGUCUUGAUUAUUCUCGAUUUAAUCAUCGUCUUCGUCGAACUUAUUAUCGCUCAAUUAUCUUUACCAUGUUUAACGGAUGAUGAACUGGAAAAAUACAACGUCACUGAACAACGAUCAGAAUGUUUACUUUCUCCAUCGACAUCCACCGAAAAUGCUGAAACAGCUUUGUAUUAUGUAUCGUUAGUCUUAAUAAGUAUAUUUGUUAUUGAAAUCUUGUGCGCAUUCUAUGGAUUCGGCUGGCGUCGAUAUACGAAAUUGCUUUAUUUACUCGACGCGAUUAUUGUUAUUGCGUCGUUUAUUAUGGAGGUUUAUUUUCAUUUUGGUAAUAUCGGAAAGGCUGGACGAGCUGCAGCAGGUCUGGUGGUUCUACGUUUAUGGAAAAUCAUCCGAGCAAUCCAUGCCAUUGCGCAUUCAAUGGCUUUGAGAAAUCAUAUGAUUGUGACAGAGAUUGAAAAAGCUCGAAAUAUAUUGAAUGAAGAAAAAGUUCGCGCUGAAAAUGUAAUUCGAGUACAAAGUAUGGAAAUUCAAGAACUUAAGAAUAUGUUAUAUAACCGAAAACGUUCGAAUAGCGUCAUUUCACUUAGUUUCUAA